AUGCCAGAGCAUGAGUACAACUGUCUUGUAGAAUACUAUCAAGUUGCCUACAAUGACUAUAAUAUUUCAAGCUGCAAAAAAGCAAUGACCAGCCCAGCUUUUGUGAAUGACAGAAUUGAGGUACUCAAGUCAAUUGUGAUUCUUGGGCAAGUAUACAAAGGAUGCAAUGGCAAUGGACGUGAACUAAUGCACGUUAUGGUUAUGUUGGUGAAAUUCAAUACAUCUUUGUACACACCUUCUCUCCAUCAACAACCACUCUCUUAUCAGCUAGCUACAACAACUAGCAUACCUUUGCUUUUGUCAGAUAGUUUAAAACAACAUCAGAUACACGAAGACAACCUGAAGGCAUUGAAAUCUACUAUGACAACUUCUAUAAAUUAG